AUGGCACGCGACUCGAUCCUGACGUGGAUGCGAAACCUGGGCGAGAAGGGGCGUCAAAAUGAACUGGAGCUGCUGAUUCAAAACACGCCAAUUGAGGAGUUGAAGGACACCCUGAAGAACACGAUGACCCGCAGCGAGGGGAUAACGUUCUGGAAUUACCUGCUCCUGGGCUUCAAUCCGGACAGCAAGGAUGCCGUGGCCAAGCGAUUCGAGUGCGUUCGCAGCUUCAUGGACGGACUGAGCAGCAUGGAACUGAGCUACAAGCAGACCUUCGAUCUGAUCACUCGCCUGUCCCAGGAUUUGGGCACCUUUCCCUCCGACCAGCUGGCCUGGAUCGUGGAGCACUGCAUGGACGGGAUGCGCCAAGGAGACGCCAAGUGCGUCGGCUGGAAGGAUCUGCUGCCGGAUGCCUUGUCGCUGCUCUUGGUCAGGCCUCGGUUCCUUCUGCACGGCAUCUACGUGGAAGGAAUUGAGUUCCGGAACACCACUGUAAAGAGUUUAGUAACCAUGCAGUGGCCAGUCACGAUCCUCACUCCAAUUGCGGACAUGUUCAAGUCCAUAAAUCUGAGCAGUGGAGAAAUCCUCACGGUGCUCAACAAAUUCUCUGGCGCCCUGCAGGAGCUGUCGCCCAUGGAACUGCCAGCACUGUGCUUCCAGCUCUUCUCGAUGUGCAGCACCGCCUCCCAGUUGAUUAUUCCAUUGCUGGCCUUGGAGAAGUACUUUCAUCGUAACUUCUACAAACGACUCUUCUCGGAUAUGUGCAGCAACUCCACAAACUUGGAUAGCAUCGACUCUUUUUCGGACAAGGAACUUAGGGAGGCCGAGGAGACUAUCCUGCAUCAUUUGAACUACUGCACCAUGUACAAGCUUACUGAAAAACAUUUGGCUAUAAUGUUAAGGAACUUCCUGCAUAUGCCUGAUGUGAUCCUAACUCCGUUCAUGCUCAGCGCCAUUAUAUCCAUGACGAGCAUUAAUCGUGACCCCGAGUCUGCGAGGAUCUCUCACUCCAUUUUGCUACCCUUUUUGCGUAAUGUGAUCAAGAACAAUGAAGAAGAGCGUACAUUAGCCGAGUACUCCGUGUGGUAUCGAGAUACAUUGCAACGCAAACAAGUCGAUUUGCAGCAGGUUUUCAUGGUGCUAAUAGAUCAGAACAAAGACGGAAAGGAUGUGAUUACACCUGGGCUUGUCCACCUCGUAUUUUACCUGCUGAAAUCGCAUUCCCCCAAGAUGCACACAUCGGCGAUAACGUUUCUUACAAAGUUUAUACGAAAGCGUUUUAUUUUUGGUCAAGGCAUUAUAAAAUUGAUUUCCGAGUGGAUGAUUGUAUACCAGGACCAGAAUCAGUUCUCAGAAUGUCUUACACUUUUAAGUGUGGCUGAUACGUACACAGUCUCCGAGUGCAUUAAGACCAUUCAAACUGUUAUGGAGCACAUGCAAUGGCUGUCUGGUGAGCAAUCCAUGCGCAUGAUGAACUUUAUUCUGCCUUUGCUAAAGAUUUCCAAUCGAGUUCGCGAUGCCCUGAUAGAUGUGCUUUGCAAGGCAAUGAGCUCUAGUGGUAUUCAAAAACGACGAAUGGCCAUUUAUGGCUUCUGUAUGAUCCUUAAGCAGCUUAACAACAGCAAUGCGAUGCGCCAAACCUCAGGUGCCACAAGUUUCUGCACACAACACAGCAUUUCUGGGUACUCCAUGAUGACCCAGAACACAUUGGGAAGUCGCAGUAAUCCUCAGCGCAAUUUCGACAUGCUUACAUUGGAAAUUAUCGGAAUGUUGCGAAAUUGCUUGCAGCAACAGUUUGAUAUACGGUGCACCCUUUAUGAAAAUCUUCAGAGAGCCGUGGAACUUAAUGCCAAACUAGUGCCCCAUGUGCUGCAAGUAAUUGACUGGCACUUUCGCAGCUUUUUUGACACCCCGUCCGCAGAAGAUGCUGGUGAUGAUCUGGACACAGUUUUUCGCAUUCGCUACGAUCAAUUGGUUAGCUCCAGCGAUGAUCAGCAUAUGGAGGUUCAGCUCAAAGAUAACCUGGGCAAGUUGAUCCAGUUUGUAGCCAACUGUUUGGCUGUUUUUGAACGGGCUCCAUCGGGCUACGACACUCGUGAGAUGAACCGGCUCCUAGGUUUCUGUGUGGACCGUAUGGUGGCCAACAGAUUGCCAUUGGAGGACAUAGCACCCCCAGCCACACAUCUAAAAUGCUCUCUGGUAUUGCAACAACUUAAUGUCAUUGAAGGGAUAAUUUGUCACCUGCUGCUCAAAUCCAAGCCACAAAACGAUUAUGUUUCUCAAAUAUUGCCGCUAUUCAACCAGCAUUGUAAGCUUGUGGAGAGCCUUAAGGCUUUGGGUGACGCUUCCAAGAAAGCCCAUAAACAACUAAAGCAAUCGGCCAAGAAUAAUAGUACCUCUGCCUGUAAUCUGACAUUAAAUGGUGUCCCAGUAAAGACGAUGUGCACACAACCAGAAAAUAUUUGGGAUCUUGCCAUUCUAGAUAAACUGUUGCAUCUACUGCUUGAUGACAUAGUUGCCUUUGCUGCUCCUGAAAAAACGGUGCUCCUUCGGUCCAAUGAGCCGCUUGUUCGCUAUGUUUUAUCAAUAACGGCUAUUAGAGUGGAAUCUAUUCGCCUGGAGCCCGAUUAUAAGCAACUAGCCUACAGCAAACGCACUUUUAAGCAGUUGACGGACAUUACCAAGGUUAUUUAUGAGCGCUGUAUUCACCGCUUGCCUGAGUUGUGGAGGGACUUUGAUAUGCAGAGCUCGGCGCUAGCCACUCAGUGUUUCUUGGAAUGCCUAAAAACAGCACAUGAAACUUAUUCAAAGAAAUUCCAAGAUUUUGUCAAGGGAUUUGAUAUGGCAUCUAUUAAGGGAAACAGAAACAAGGAAGUGAUUUACGUUGUUCAGGAUGUUUUGGACGAGUUUAUGACGGAAUAUGGCAGCGAUGAAUCCAUUUGCAAAGAUGAUUUUAUUGCCAAAUUGCCAGUUUGCCUUUUGGAGUCUCUUGAAAUCCUGUUGGAUCACAUAGACUACGGGGAUCGUGCCGCUACUGAAUCGUACACUUGGAUCCUAAACUUUUGCAGCAAAUACGAGAUUCUCAAUAGCGAAAUGGGCUUGGUCCACAGAAUGCUAUUCGUUCAGCGGCAAAAGACCCAUUUGGGUCCCUUUUUUAACAAGGUUGCCAGGCAAUUGGGUCUCGUACUUGGCGUACAAACUGAAGACACGCCAUCAGAUUCUGUGGAGCUAACUCUAAAGUCUAUAAGUACAGUGACCGCUGAGAGUUGCUUGCAGCAUCUUUAUACAGCCGUCCAAAAGCAGCUGACGGAUGUGGAUUAUUUUGUGACCAAGGCAAAUAACCUAAGCUACAAAUGCCAAGUGGUUCCCGAGAUUGACCAAAUUUAUUGGCGGGGUAACCUGGAUGCCAUGGAUCGUAGCAUUUGCACGCAAAUCAUCCACAUAUCUCGCACCUUGCUGGUGCUCACCAAUGUUUGCAUUCCACUAGGAAGUUCCAUGGAUGGUCUUAUGAAAUUGAUAAUACAGCAUUACACUUGCAUGAAAAACCUCACAAAACACUACAUAUCGAGCUACACAUCAGAUGCGAGCAUUGAACACAUUCGUAGCACCAAAUUUGAACUGCUACUUCGAGAUGUGGGCAAGCAACUUCCGGCGAAUAUUUACGAGCUUAUUACGUAUAUAGAGGCUAACACUCUAGAUGAGGAAACGCAGCAGCAUAUUAAAAAGCGAAAGGUCCUAGCAGAGCGUGCCAAAGUUCUGAGAGAGACCCGUCUAAUUCCCAAGGUGAUCAUGGUUAUCGAGGACUUUAACAAACACAUUAUCCUCCUGUCGAAGAAGACUAAAAUUCAGAAUAGGCUAACGGAUUACCUCCACUUGGGGACCAUGCGUGACUUUGAUAUCAAGUCCACCGAUCUGAGAGCGGCUAUAGAGCGCAGCAUCUCGGAUGGUCGAAACAUUUCCAUUGAAGACAGCAAUGCUGAGGAUCAUGAAGAUGAAGAUGAAAAUGAGGAUGGGGAUAAGGAUAGUGACGCUCAAUCCACCACAUAUCCUCAGGAAUUAGAGGAGGAAAAUGAUGAACCCGCAGUUGUGGAGAAGAAAGGGCAGCGCCGGAGGCGUGCUCCUAGCAGCGAAUCCGAGGUCUCUCAACCAAAAAGGAAGAGAGGACGCAAAGCUAGCGAAGAGCCAGAAGAAACCGAACAAUCCGGAGAUCAAGAGGAAGAGGAACCCGAAACUUCUUCGAAAUUAAAGCGGAGUAAAAAGGAUUCGAAGGUACAGCAACAAAAGCCUGCUCGGGCGAGUAAGGCCACUAAAAAAGCGGAUGCUCCAGCAGUAGAUACAAGUAAAGCUUCUAAAAAAUCUGAUGAUCGGGAAGAAGAAUCGGGUACAACCACUAAAAAAUCCAAGGCUCGGCCAUCAGAUGAAAAGGCUACCAACAAAAAAUCGAAUGCUUUAAAAACCAAAGCAGCGGAACCAAGAGAAGAACUUCCCGAGCCCGAAGCACCCGUUGAACAGAAGAAAUCUGUUUCUAGUCGUCGUCUGGGUAUUCCUCGAUCUUCUAAGAAAUAAU